UUAAAGCCCCGCGAAUUUUAAUGAGCCAUUCUGGAUUAUGUCAACAGACCUGUCAUUGCACCUAUCACAUUUUCCAAGAUAAAUUUUGCCACAAUUUUCUAAUUUUUUGGUGCUCUUGAGUGUUCAAGGGACGAUGGCACCGAAUAAGAAGAAUGACACAGGUUUAUCUGCCAUGUUCACGGAAGAUCUCUUCGCUGGCGAGGACAUCGAUGAGGAGACUUACGAGGAAAGGAGACGGAAGAAUAUCAAAGAGAACCAAGAAAUGCUUACCAAACUGCUUGCAGAGAUCAAAGACAUGCCUGGUCUUCCUGACUUGCCCAUGUUCAGACAAGCACCAGUACCCAAGAAGUCUCCCAAGCCGGUCAAAUCCAGGCGAUCCAUGGACAUUCACAGGAUGAGCCCGCUGAGAAGGAAUCCUUCCCGACAUGCCAGGUACACCCCCUCCAAGGAUUCACCAAGUAGCAGGACAAGGUCGUCUUCGAGGUUACAGAGGAAGAGAGAAGAGGAGGGAGAUGAUGUAUUUCCCAUGAUGCCUGGUCAGAAACUAGUCAUCAAGUUUGGCCCAUCGCCAGCGAGUCGUAAACGUCAUCUUUCUGAUGGAGAAUCUGAUGUGGAGAGCAGAGGAGAUGAGUUUGAAAUCUUUGAGGAUGAGCUUCCUUUAGAGGAGGAGAAUACUGGGAAGGUUGAGGAUGGAGACAGCGACGGGGAAUACGAGCUUCCGACACCUACCAAAAAGAGGCGUGCCCCUACCCAUGAUGCACCGCGUCACCCUGAUGACAUCACAGAGGAAGAACUCAAAAUGGUUGCAGACUCUGUGAAGGAUAAGAGAUAUGACUCUGUCUAUGGUAGCACCUGCCAUCAGUGUCGUCAGAAGACCAACGACAUGAAGACCAUCUGUCGCUCGGCAACCUGCUUUGGGGUCAGAGGUCAAUUCUGUGGACCUUGCCUGAGGAAUCGCUAUGGAGAGGAUGCAAGGGAAGCCCUGCUAGAUGCGAAUUGGACCUGUCCACCAUGCAGAGGGAAUUGCAACUGCAGCUUCUGUCGUAAGAAACAGGGUCGCCAUGCAACGGGGAUCCUCAUUCAUCUCGCAAAGCAUCAUGGGUACCGUAGUGUCAAGGACUUCCUAGAAAGUGUUGGAAGAAAGUGAGUCUAUCUCAAACCACUCCACUACGCAGAUGUCAUUAUGGCAGGG